AUGGUCAAAUGUCACGGGGCGAUCGAUGAUCCGGGUCAGUGGGCCCUCUUUCUCUCUCCUCCUCAUAUAAACCUCCGUCCUCUCUCACUCUACUCUACUCUCACAACAAACAUAGUCACCACCAGACAAGUACCUGCAGUGUUGCGAUCAAACGACGAAGAAGAUUCAGACAAGGGGAGGUCACCGUGCUGCGAGAAGGCGCACACGAACAAGGGCGCCUGGACCAAGGAUGAGGACCAGCGGCUCGUCGCUUACAUCAAGGCCCACGGCGAAGGCUGCUGGAGGUCGCUCCCCAAGGCGGCCGGCCUGCUGCGCUGCGGCAAGAGCUGCCGCCUCCGGUGGAUCAACUACCUCCGCCCAGACCUCAAGCGCGGCAACUUCACCCACGAGGAAGACGAACUCAUCAUCAGGUUCCACGGGCUCCUCGGAAACAAGUGGUCUCUGAUCGCCGGCCGGCUGCCGGGUCGAACGGACAACGAGAUCAAGAACUACUGGAACACGCACAUCAAGCGCAACCUCAUCGCCCGCGGCAUCGACCCCAAGACGCACAGACCGCUCGGUGUCUCCACCUCCGCUGCCGCGGCAAGCAGCCAUCGCCGCCAGGACCAGGACCACCUGCUAUCAGCGCGGUCCAGCUGCUCGCCGGAGACCAGCGGUGAUGAUGACAGCGCAUCUGCGCCGUACGACGGCGGCGGCAUCGACCUGAACCUAUCCAUAAGCCCGCCGAGGCAGCCGCCUUCGCCGUCACCGCCGCCGACGCGUCAAGAAGCAGAAGCAACAAGCGGAGAGGUCUUAGGGGAUGCAAACGGCAGCGAGGUCAAGGUCGACUCACCGGCCGGUCGUUUAUUAGGGCACAUGCAUGAUGCUGAAAUCAGUGAUUUCCGCAGAGCUUUAUGAUUUGAUGAUCGUGAACAAGUCGAUCUCUGCUCCAGUUCCUUUAAACUUUGAGGAGAAAACAUAUUUUUGCUGUUGGUUCAUCUUGUGCAUGUUCUUCACUAAAAUCUACAUAUGCUACUUUGAUCUUUCCUACCCUUCUGAUGCAAACUGAUGAUGCUCUGCUAGCCUGGUCUAGUCCUAUCUGUGUAUAAUAGCCUUAUUUAGCUGGCUUUUUUCUUCUGCAUUGACGUCAAACUCUUUUGUCCAUUACUGAAAUCACAGACUCUUCUGUGGCAUCUUCUAGAUCAGUGUUUGGGAAAAGCAACAGAACUCCUACAAGCAAGUCCCACGUAAUCACAAAUCAUUAAUUCACAAGUACAUAUUUGGGGCUAUUCUUGCUAGUUUUUCCAUGGAUUGUACCUUUAAUUUUAAUGGUAGCUAUAUACAUCAGCUGUCUUACCUACCACAUAACCAAAUACCCCGAGAAGAAACAAAGAAAAUGUUCUUUUCUAGAUGAAGACGUAACAUAUAUAUAAUCAUAUGCAGGAGUU